UCUUUCUUUCUUACUAGCAAACAAGAAGCAAGCAGGCUCACUGCGCGUCUAGCUGCGCAUGCGCCAGUGCUUAAGUUGCCAUAGCUACACACAGCCCUCAACGCAAAGCAGACUUGCAGCAUUUCACGGAAUACACUCGGUAUCGCCGGAAACAGGUAGAGGAUGUACAAGGUGGACGUGCCUAUGGAUGAGAGCUCCAUGAAGACUGUGGAGCGACGGCGGGCUGCAGAAGUCGCACGCCAGAAACGCAUCUUCAGUACAAGGAACCGGAUGAUUGGAUUGGAUGUGCACGUGCUCGAGCAGCAGGUGGCUGAGAGACGAGCUCGUGAGGAGGCGGAGCAGCAGCGGGAAAUGGCGUAUGAUGCACUGUCUAUUUCCAUGGACCAAAAGCUAAUGGAGCAGGAAAGAGAGGAGGAGGAAAGAAGGAAAGAGUUGAGCCAGGAGCUUGUGCAGUACUGGGCGAUGUACCAGCGCUCUGAGGACUCUCGUGAUGCAGACAUUAAUUAUAAUCAACAAGGAGGAUCCAGUGUCAGCUUAGUCAAUCAGAAUUCAUUGGGACCUGCCAGUAUGCAGGUUUUUCAGGGAGAAGGACUUGAGGAGAAUGAAAGGAAGAAACUUCAGAGAGAGCAGAAUGAGAGAACGCUUAGAGCUCAAAUGGAGGAACACGAAAAAUGUCAGAAGGAGCAGAAACACAAAGCGUUAAUAGCUUGGAGGGUCCAAUCAGAGUUGCUUAGAGGUCUGGAGCAGAUCCAGCAGGACCUGAGAGCAACACAUCUGGAUGAUCUGGAGGAAGAGUGUAAAAAAGCAGCUCUCAUUGCACUCAAAAGCUACAACCAGGCACAGGCAGAGGAGAGGCGAGAACGAGAGAGACAAGACAAGCAGAGGCAUGAGGGCUUGAACCUGGCAGAGGUUCUGCGCAUGGUGACCUCUGACCUCUUGACUGAAUGCCCGGAAUCAGCAGUGAAGGAGGGCAUGGGUUCAGCUGAGGCUCCUCGAGUGCUUUCUGAUCGCUGGAAGGGGAUGAGCUCAGAGCAGCUCAGCGCCAUCUACAGACAGAGAGCAGAACAGUGUGCUGAGAAGGAGAGGCAGAGACAGCAGGAGAAGCAGAGUAACCUGGCAUUCGGUUUGCAGCAGCUGGAGCAGGCCAGGCAGCAAAUGGAAGAGGAGAGGAGAGUGAGGGAAAUGGAGAGCGAGAGGAGAGCACAACUAGACCAAUACAACCAGCAGCUGGCCAGAGAGCAGCAGGCACACCAGCAGUAUCUCAAUAAUGAACUGUACACCAACCGGCCCACUGGUCGCUACUUCAACCAGUUCAACACAAGCUCUCGCUAAGGGUCCCACCGUCAUCAGGUUAAUGUACAUACUGCAGUACAUUAUAGUAUUAUUUUAAU